CCGAGCCGCGGCGCCGGAGGGGAUCGGAUCGAUCGCUUCGCUCGCACUACAGUGUUCAGCUCGAGCGUUCACGCGCCUCGUGCCACUUCCAGACUCUAGGUGCGGGGCGUCGUCGGAGCGGACCGGCCGGCCGGCCAGCGCAGCCAGCGGCGGCGAGGCGAUGGUGGCCGCGGCGCGGGCGUCGGAGGUGAAGGCGGAGGGCUUCCUGCGGGGCGCGUGCGCGGCGCUGGCGGCGGCGGCGGCGGCGCUGGUGGGGCUCAGCACGGAGACCGAGACCGUGCUGCUCGUCCGGAAGAAGGCCACCGUCAAGGACGUCCAGGCUCUCUGGGUGCUGGCGAUGGCGGCGGCCGCGGCGGCGGGGUACCACCUGCUGCAGCUGCUCAAGUGCCUCUACCUCGGCCGCGCCGGCGGCGGCGUCAACACCUGCCGCCGGAGCAGCAGGGCGCUGGCCUGGGUGUGCCUCCUGCUCGACAAGGCGUGCGCGUACACGACGUUCGCGACGACGGCGGCGGCGGCGCAGGCGUGCGUGAUCGCGCUGGGCGGCGCGCACGCGCUGCAGUGGACCAAGCUCUGCAACAUCUACACGCGCUUCUGCGAGCAGGUCGCCGGCAGCCUCGUGCUCGGGAUGCUGGCCGCCGUAGGCACCGCCGUCCUGUCCGCCGUCUCCGCGCGCAACGUCGUCCGCCUCUACCCGCCGCCGCCGCCGCCGCCCUGCGCCGCCGGGCACUAGCUCGCUCUGGGUCCACGGCGUCAGCUGGGGCGCGUGGGCUUCUAUGAAGAAUCUGACAAUGGGCCCUGGUGAAGUGUAGGCCCAUGAGAAAGGUGACCUGGGCUGCGAAGAUGGAGAUAGUAGGAUUCUACCUACUUUGGACUGUGUGCUCUCUAAAAACAGAUGUACUUCCUCUCUAAAAA